GGAUCAAACUGUUGAUUUAUUGAAAACGCUGUUACCGUGAAUGUCUUUCACUUUGUUUAUCAUCUCACGAUCCUUGUUUGGACGAUCCGUAAGGCAAAAUAAAUCAAAUCCGUAAUCGACUGAGGGAUCGGGAACACGUGCAUAACCAGAGAUUCAAUCGCAUCUGUCGAUAUUCCAUCAACCUCCAUCACUUCAACACUGAACUAUGCGAAUAAUGCAAGUGGAGUGUAAGGAACGGGAGACUUACAACUUCCAAGAAUAGACGCGAAUACUUACUCCUAUUUAAAUGGUUAUAAAUAAAAAUAACUAGAGUAAAAAGUUAGUAGGAGCGAGGCAAAAUACGAGAAACGCUCCCGUCUCCACGAUCGGAAUUCAGAAUCUCGGGAGACCGUAGCUGAGUCACACGUGCGUAGAAUGAGCGUUAUGGUUUCGUUGCGUUUCGGCACUGAGGCAGCGCGAAAAUUCGAAUUUCUGGACCGUGCGGGACUGGGAUGGGUUAAGGGUGUUUCAGAGUGAAAAUAUGGGUUUCAUCUCGUUGCUGUCCUGUGGCCCGAGUGAGAAAUUCGGUGUGUCGUGGAAUUGUGCCGGGAUUAUCCUCCUGUGGUCUGCUUGCUUCGGAUUAUGCUUGGAUAACACAGAGUUCCAGAAGAGUUUUCCUGAGAAAGUGAUAUGGGGCGUACUUGGAAGAUCAGCAGAACUACCAUGUGAUGUAACCCCACCAGUUCCCUCAGAUAGUGUUAAGAUGGUCUUCUGGUUUAAGGACAAUGUUGGUAUGCCUUGGUAUAGCUUGGAUGCCAGAAGCGGUUUAUCCCAUGCUUCCCAUUUGACAAUAAGCGGCGAUCUGGGAAACCGUCUUUACUUCAUAAUGGAUGAAAAUCCUGCCCAGGCACGACUCAAGAUCGAAAAUGUAUCUGUGCACGACCAGGGUAUGUACAGGUGUCGAGUAGAUUUCGUCAAUUCACCUACCAGAAAUUUUCAAGUCAACCUGAGCCUAAUAGAGCAGCCGUCCUCUCCCAGAGUUUUCGACGCAGAAGGCAGUGAAAUUAGGCAGAAUGCCAGCGCUGGCCCCUUCCUCGAGGACGACGAGCUGUUCCUGUCCUGCCAGGUGACUGGGGGAAAGCCUCGGCCAGUUGUAACAUGGUGGCAUGGUAAUUCACUUCUGGAUGGCGUAGUGGACUCCAGCUCAAACUCCUUCACCACAGUCAACCAGUUGUUCAUCUCACACGUAUCACGAGAAUUGAAAGGAGCGCGGUUCGAGUGCAGAGCCACCUCUUCGGAAAUUGCUGGACACGUUACUAGAAUCAUUCCAUUAGUUGUAUAUUUGAAGCCCAAUAAAGUGAAGAUAGUCACUCCGAAUGAGCUGAUGUCGAACCGGAAGUCCCAGAACAUUAAAUGUGAAACUUCCGGCUCAUAUCCCCCCGCCAAGCUAACGUGGCUACUUGACGGAAAGUCCAUUAAACAAUCCAUCGUUACGGAAGAAGAAACAGAAUUCUUCACAGCAAGUAUCUUGACGUUGACAGUGUCAGCAGAAGAUGAUGGCAAGGAACUUUUAUGUCGAGCAGAUAAUCCUCGAUUUCCAGGGGGUAGAUUAGAAGACAGCAGGGUGAUACACGUCGCAUAUCCCCCAAAAGUAAGGGUGCAGUUGGAUUCGGAGCUAUCUCUGCCUGCUAAAGAGGGUGCGGAGGUUAGGCUGAAAUGCGAAGGACAAGCACAACCGAGUGCGAAUAAUUAUAGGUGGUAUCACAAUGGACACAUAGUCCAGUUCAACUCCACUUCCGGCGUGUUUCCCAUGGACGAUGUGCUCAUAAUGAAGCACGUGGACCGGAAAUCCGCCGGCCAGUACGCCUGCUCGGCGGCCAACACCGAGGGAGAGACGUACAGCGCCACCUUCGAUCUGCAGAUUCAGUUCACUCCCCGAUGCAAAAAAGGCCACGAGGUAACAAGGGUGGGGGCCAUUCCUCAGAAGAAAAUCCAAGUUCAGUGCCACGUGGAGUCCGUUCCUGAAGUGAACAGGUUUUACUGGACUUACAACACAAGCAGGAACGUCCUCAGAGUCCAAGGAUCAAAGAUGGAGAAUAAAGGUGGUGUUUCCACCUUGUAUUUCGAAGUUCCACCCGCUGAAAACGAAAUACAAUCUUUGUCUUGUUGGGCAGCCAAUGAUCUUGGGCCACAGGAUGUCCCAUGCUUGUUCAUUCUUGUACCAGCAACAAUCCCGGAAAAGCCCCGGAACUGCGUCUACACGAACUCCACCGAGGGGGGCGCCCUGAGGGUGAUCUGCAGACCCGGCCGAGACGGGGGACUACCCCAAUCGUUCGUCCUCGAGGUGAAAGACGUAACACCUAUUAAUCCCCCGUCAUCCGGCGUUUCGACGCUGAGCGAUCAGGGCGAGGAGGCCGCACCCCCCGCAUUCCGGUUCUUGGGGGAGCGGCCGGAGUUCGAGCUUCGCAGCCUGCAGCCCGGCAGGGAAUACCAAGUGUCGGUGUUCGCGGAGAACGCCAGGGGACGCAGCACUCCGUACGAGAUCAUGCCCAGUAUCAGGGUGCCCCUGUCUGAUACGUCGGAAAGUGGCAGAUAUCACGAGGUGGUAGAAUCUAACACAACGAACCAGAAAGCAUCCAGAAACCUCACCCCAAUAUACAUCGUGUUAGCAUCUUGCGGGUUGUUACUGGUGAUUGUUAUAAUCACUGCAGUUUCCAUCUUGGCAUGCAGAAAACCAUCGUCGGAAGUGGUCGUUAGACCGAAGAAAGCGAGGACUACUAAGAACAUCUCUGAAGAAUUCGAACUUAAUUCGGAGGCAGGAUUCGGAUCUGGUUUUCACAGGAGGAGCGCUGAAUACAGGGCGAGUAUGUACGGCACCGAGGAUAUUGAGAGGCGUAUAUCCAGCAUUGUAGACAGACCAGACUUGAUAUUAUCACCAAGAGGCCUAAGAAAUAUGAAUGAAGAAGACGAGAUAUGAUCUAUGGACCGUGUUCACCUCAUUCAUCGACAGCAAACGAAGGUACUCAGACACGUGAUGAAUGCAUUCAUUGAGAGCCAUGUUUGUUUUGGUUCAUCACACAUAUGAAUUAGAUAUUCUACAGUUUUUUGAACGAUAACAUUAUCAUUUGAAUGAAUAUAAGUUAUUGGUGGAUCCUUUCGCAAAAAAAAAUUCUUGAUUCAUUUCGACUUUCUUAUAUUUCUAUUUCAAUUUUAAUGAACAUAAUGUGUUUUUCAAGUAGAUAAAAUUAUUUUCCAAUCGAUUAUAACUAUAACUUUUUUGUGGAAGGUGGCACAUCAUUUCAAUCAGAAUUCUGUAUAAACUUAAUAAAUUUCACUUAAAAAUCCACAUCCACAAGAUUUGGAAAUUCUCAAAUCUGAUGGACAUCAAAAAUAGUCAUUAAUUAAUGAACUUUUUUCGAGAAACACUGACAUUCCAUUUCCUCAUCGCUAGAAGCUAGAUUUUUUAUUGGAAAGAAUAAAGGUAUUAUUUGCUGGUGAUUUCUUUCCGUUAUCCUAUUGGAUUCGCCAGAUAGAGAUUUCAAAAAUAUAUGGAUAUGAAUUUCAUUUCUUUCUUAUAUGCAUACGGAUAUGAGUAAAUUUAUAUCAAGUCCAUUUUCGAUAGAUAUUGUAUACCUUUUGGAAAGUACGAAUUUUACCACUUUUCAAAGUUGAUACUAUUCCUAUGGAAGGUACUAUAUGUUGAUUAGUGGAGUGUUCAAAACGUUACAAAAACAAUUUUUCUUCAUUUUGUCCUGACCAACAUUCAACCCCUAGUUUAUUAGGCAAAAUGGUUGCCUCGUCUAUAAAUUCGAGGUCAUGAAGUAUGGGAUGUUAAUCUUGUAACGAUUCUUUUCAACAUUCUUGAGGUUCGAGAAUUAAACUUGAAGUAUAUAUAUCGACAAAACUUUUAUAAUGGUGAUGAAACGAAGGUUAUAUCACAAAGUAUCAUAUGACAUUAAAAAAGAACGUAUGAAUCGAAAACAAUUAUUGUAUACUUAAUGUAAAUUUAAGUAGGGCUUUUUCAUUAUAUUGAUAGUAAUAAUAAGGAUUGAGAGCCUACUUUAUAUCCUAUUUUUUAUAUAAUGGCAUUAUUGAAUAUAUUCUGUUAUUUUGUUUCAUAUCUGCUAGUAUAAUGCAAUGUAAAUAUUUAUACAUAUAAUAAGAGCUUUCGACUUUGAGUGAAAUUUACGUUUGGUAAGUGUUAUAUUAUAAGAAACUGAAAUUCGAAAUUUGUGUAAGAGAAAGAAGAUCACAAGUUGAUGAACGAUUUCAGUAUUUCGAUUGUUUCAAUUUCAAGACAAAUAAUAAUCUCAGGAAUAUUUUAUGUAAAUAAAUGAUUGACUUUUUCGUA